AUGCACCUCGACAAUGAAUGCUUCCACUCAAGUAUCGCGUGCCGAUCCGACAGCCUCGAGCCAAAACUUGUGGUGAAGCUCGUGAAUGUGAAGCCUAGCACGCGUAUGGGCGAGCCCACGCAAUUUGUGCUGCAGUGCUCGCUCGCCGAGACGGAUCUUGAGUGGUUUGUAGAGCGCCGAUACUCGGAGUUCCGGGAGCUGCUGAAGAUUCUUCACGCGUUCUUCUUGCAUCGUGGAGGCGGUGCUCGUUCGCAAUGCUUUGGCUGUGCAUGGUUCGCUCAAACGUUGCGCAACUACUGGCUACCGAGGCGCCAUCUUCUGUGCUCACGGUCGACCAAUGUGAUCAACCAGCGUCGUGCUGAACUUCAUCAGCUAGUGCUGAUACUGGCAUCGCAUACCUUUUCCGCGGUGCCAAAGUGUAUUUCCUGUGCUAAAACCAUCUUCCCGAUAAUUCGCGACUUCUUUCUUCGAGUUUCGUAA